AUGUCCCUGGAAGCCUCACCGGAGGAGAAAAAAUCUGGCUGUGGCCUGUUGAAUGCAGUUUUUGGUCGUCGAACCAUAUGGCCUAGAAGAUCCACCUCCACAGGUUCACUUCCCACGGCGACUGUCAAUGCUAUUGCAAGAAUUCCAAGCACACCAAACUCAAAGAGGCGACGAGGUGGUUCAGAUGAAGCUGGUUUCCACGAUGAAUCGACUACUGUUUCAUCAGAAACCUCACAAAAACAAGUUGAUAGAAUUAUUGCUAGGCCUUCACCAAAUCAUCCCAAGCCCCCACCUGUAUACCAUCAAAAUCAAGGAAAGAAAAUCUCCGAUGAUCAAACGACGUUGAAAAAUCCUCCAAAUCAAAGUUAUGUUCAAGGCAGAAGGGUACCACAGGGUGCAAUUGGCAUAUCUGGUGAGCUUGAAAGCAUGAUCAAUGAUCAUCAAAGGUCGAAAGGCUCGAGUACGUUUGUCCGAGCUUCAUCAAGCAAUGUAAUGCUGUUUGGCAAUUUGGGUAACUUGAGAUCACAACCAGGAGGAGGCAAUGUUGUUGACCCCUCACCACCUAAUGGAUCAAAAUACACAAACAGUGUAAUGGGGAAUGUAGUCGUGAAGAAAUCGAACGAAGAACCCGAAAAACCAACCUCCCUUUGCAGAGCUCUUUCGACUCGAAUGGAUCCUGAGGAAUUGAAGAUUUUGGGUAAUGAAGAUUACAAGAAUGGAAGGUUUGCAGAAGCAUUGGCUUUGUAUGAUGCUGCAAUUUCUAUUGACCCGAAUAAGGCUUCUUAUCGGAGCAAUAAGAGCGCAGCUUUAACUGCCCUUGGUAGGCUUCUUGAGGCAGUUUUUGAGUGCAGAGAAGCCAUAAGGAUUGAACCUUUCUACCAAAGAGCUCAUAACCGGUUGGCAACCCUAUACCUCAGAUUAGGAGAAGCAGAAAAGGCAAUGUACCAUUACAAACAUGCAGGAUCCGAAUCCGACCCUGAUGUUAUCACUAAAGCUAAAAACGUUCAGGCUCAUCUCAACAAGUGCACCGAGGCCAAGAAGCAAAGAGAUUGGAACAGUCUGUUAAAAGAAACUGGCCUUGCUAUAUCAGCUGGUGCUGAUUCUGCACCACAGAUAUUUGCUUUGAAAGCCGAGGCCUUGUUGAAACUCCAUAGACACCAAGAAGCAGACGAGAUUUUGACAAAAGGUCCAAGUUUUGAGGUUGAUGACUGCAGUAGAUUCUAUGGCCCUAUUGGUUUUGCCAGUUUACUAGUGAUCCGAGCUCAAGUUGACAUGGCUGCCGGCAGAUUCGAAGAUGCUGUUUCCGCAGCUCAACGAGCAGCUCGGCUCGACUCGAACAACAAGGAAGUGAACAUGGUUAUUAGGAGGACUAGGUCCGUGGCAAAUGCUAGAUCAAAGGGUAAUGAACUAUUCAAGGCAUCAAGACACUCUGAGGCAUGUGUUGCUUAUGGGGAGGGACUCGACCACGACCCCUACAAUGCAGUGUUGUUGUGCAACAGAGCAGCUUGUCGCUCCAAACUUGGCCAAUUUGAGAAAGCCGUCGAGGAUUGCAACGCUGCGCUCAAUGUGCGCCCAUCGUAUAGCAAGGCGAGAUUAAGAAGAGCCGAUUGCAAUGCCAAGUUGGAAAAAUGGGAAGCUUGUAUACAAGAUUAUGAGGUGCUAAUAAGAGAAACACCAGAAGAUGAGGAAGUAAGCCAGGCAUUGAAGGAGGCUCAUAUACAGCUGAAGAAACAGGGAGGAGGUCAAGAUUGA